AUGGCCAAAAUCAGUGCCAAACAAGUGCUAUGGUACAUCCCAAAUCAAAUAGGCUAUAUGCGGGUUUUCACCGCGACCUUGUCGCUCUUUUUGAUGUCCAAACAUCCAAUGUGGACGACAUGGAUUUACGGAAUCUCUUGUCUGUUGGACGCUCUGGACGGCACAAUGGCUCGAAAAUACAACCAGACGAGUAGUUUCGGCGCUGUGCUGGACAUGGUAACGGAUAGGUCAACGACCAGCUCGCUAAUUUGCUACCUGUGCGUUGCUUACCCUAAAUACGCCCCGUUGUUCCAGCUCCUGGUUUCUCUAGACCUUUCGAGCCAUUACAUGCAUAUGUACGCCACUCUCACCUCCGGCGGUGCGUCUCACAAGAAGAUCGAGAAGGAGCAGUGGCUCUUGCACCUGUACUACAGCCGUCGUUCGGCUCUGUUUACCAUUUGCGCGUUCAACGAGCUAUUCUAUCUCGCGUUGUAUUUAUAUGCAUUUCCACAGCUAUGGCACUUCAACUUGCCGUUGGUGGGCCAAACUCACGUCGCAGGGAUCAUUGCUGUGAUAUGUUUGCCGGGAUAUGUCUUCAAACAGGUGGCAAACGUAAUCCAGAUGAAGCGUGCUGCUCUGCUUCUGGCCGCCAAGGACGCCGAGAAUGCCAACCAGAAGCAAACCUAG